AUGCUGCCGAACAAUAGCCCUUCUGUUUCGCAAAUGCUAUCCGAAAUCAAAACGGAAACAGCAUCCCAAGUUUCAUCGCCUCCUGGAUCUACUGGCCUACCAGGCCUUGACAUCCACCUCAUUACUGGCACAAAUACCGGCGCGUCCCCUAGUUCGUCUCUCAACAGAGGCGAUGUGAUUGAAAUACAAGGGCCUGCUGCCUCUGGAAAGACUAGGCUCACUUAUCACUUCGUCAUUCAAUGCAUUCUCCCAAGACAAUACCAUCUCCCUCCAGGAAAUGUCCAUACUGAACUUGAUGUCGGAGGCUGGGAGAAGGUCGCAAUAAUCAUGGAUACAGACGGGCGAUGGAACGUCCAGAGACUUAUUUCGCUCCUUAUUCAACGGGUGGAGAAAUCUCUACUGGAUGACCAAAUAGAAACGCGACCAAUCGUCAGCGAGAUCGUCUCAAAGUCCAUGCAGAGGCUGCACAUUUUCCGACCGAAGACAUCUGCCUCACUAGCGGCCACACUAUUCCGUCUACCAUCCUACCAUGCAGAACAUCUCCCUACUCAGGAGAUAGCCUUACUUGUCAUUGACUCAAUCAGCACAUUCUACUGGAUAGACAGAUACAGCGUCGAGCAACGACAUGGCGCUUCUGACAGGAAAGACAUUCCGAAUCCCCUGAGUCGUGUCCUAAUUGCUCUUCAGGAGUUUCGACUAAGCCACAGCCCGGUCAUACUACUGACGAACUGGGGACUCUCUCCUGCUUCAAAAUCCUCCGUUCACGGGCGGCUAGAUGAACCAAGUGCAGUUCCAUCACCAUUUUAUCGCCAACAUCUUCACCCCUUUCCCGCACCCUUUGAGAAUCCACCUCGCAUACUACCAAAUGCACAUCUCUUACCGCCGAUAACGCAUCACAUCACCCUGAUCCAGCCCUCCAUUAACAACGUGGCUUCAGAAGCAACAAAUUUGCAGGAAGCAUUAGACUUGGCUGCGAGAUGGGUCGGAACAAAAGACGAGAUAAUGGGUCUUCUCAGGACUGUUGAGACGGGCAGGAUUGCAAACUUCACAGUCAGAGAUGGUGACGUGUUGUAA